AUUUGAUUUAUUUAGAAGAAGAAAGAUUUUUAUUUGGAUAAAAAUGACUUGCAUGAUAAUUUAUCAAAACAGAUAGAAAUUGUUAUUUCUACAAUACCUAAUGAUAUUAAUAACUCUUUGUCAAUAAUUUAGACAGAGAAUAAUUUAAUUAUCAAUAUGAAUUUGACUACAGAAAAUAAAAGACUCUAAUUAAGAACGUUUUCUGGUGAUAUACAAUUUGUGUCCAAACUCAGUACAGAUUUUUGUUUAUUAUUUCAUGUGUAAUACUGCAAUAUGCGUUUAUAUUCAGAGAAAACAUUUGAAGAUCGAAUUAAAAUAUGUAUACAUGCAUACAUAAAAUAUAUAAAAAUACAAAGAGUAUAAAAAAAUUAAGAAAAUGUAAUCCCUGUCAAUAUAUAAGUGUACAUAUAGUGUUUCCUUACAAUUUACAUCAUAAAUGAUGUAAAACAUGCACUUCAAUCCAGCUUCAUUAAUUUAUGAAUUUACAGAUGAGAGCAUUGGACACAAUUAUGAAUUCAACUUGUGCUUACUGUACACUCGAACCGCCCCCCGACAUUCUUCACAUACCCCCACCACCGUUCCCGGCCAUUCUUCAGCAAGGAUCCGAUUUUUAUCCGAGCUCUGAUAUCCUGCCAUUUCCACCGCAUUUAAAUGACAGUCCCUGCAAGCACUUCUGCGACCGACGUUCCGAAGGUGUUCAAUAUGUAGAAAUGCCUCAACAAGGGACCGUCUUUGAUGACACGUGGCUCUUGAUUCUAAUAUCUUCAUGCGUCGGUGUCAUUUUCAUUGGCAUAGUACUCGCGACGUUGCUCUUAAAAUGCAAAUUCAACAGAAACGGGAAAGGCGGGGUGAUCUCCAUGCCGAACGCAGCGUCCGGGAUGCAGACGAAAAACGGCCGGCUUCAGAAUGAGGCGGUGCUCUACCCUUGCGCGGCGGACACCAUGCAGGACAGUCGGGUCAUGUGGGCCACCCUUACCCCACGCGGGACCACGAGGCACUAUCUGGAGGAGCAUACGUACGAAACCAUCGGGGGUGGACAGUUCCACAAGCGUGCCUGUUCGACUACACCAACCGAACAUACGUACGCCGAUCCACCAGCCAUUACACCGGUGCAAAAUCGUCCGAAGGAUGACAAGGCUUUUGAUAACACUGCUUUCGUAGACUACGAGGAACCAUUGUCCAUCAAGACUGAGUACUAUCAGCUCAAUGACGUUCUGGAGCCGAAUGAGUCCGGGAUACUUACGAUUCAGAGAGGAACUCUUCGUCCGCGCGUGAGUUCCCCUACGAGAAUCGAGCACCCAAACCUACCCCCGUUGAAUCUUCAUCCGCACAAGCGCGCAUCACGUAAGGGCUCCGGCGCGCAGCACACCUCGGACACGCUGUUGAGGAGCAGCAUCACAUCGUCCACUUACAUACCCACCAUAUAAGCGUCCUCCCUUCGUCACACUUUUUUCAGGGUUCCGCCAAUGAAGCCCGAGUUACGCCGUGCACCUUUUACAUCCUCGUUAAUAUCAUCGUAUCUAGCCAUUGUAAGCGCACGCUGACCGCCAAGUAAAAACGAUGUAAUCGUGAGAAAUAAUUCUUUUUUAUCGAUUGAUAUGACUUGUGAUUGUGAUUGUGUAGAACGGUAGAUCGUAGACUUAAUAGAAUAAAUGAUACACGUUACAUUUGCAUCUUACGAAAUAAAACAAUGCAUAGCAAAA